AUGCUUAGUCCAAGAAAUCACGAGUUUGAUCAAACUUCUAAAGCCAAAGUUCCCUUUUCAUGGGAGCUAAAGCCUGGAGUUUCAAGAAAGCUCAACAAAAGUGGUGAUCAGCCACAAUGGAACCUUAGGCCGCCUCCAUGUAGUCAUGUUGACUAUAUCGAAGGAGUGUUGCGGAGUCCUCUUUUUGUAUGUUCUUUCACGCCUUCGAAUAUGAUCAGGACAUCGAGGUCCAAUUUUUCGAGUUUCAGGAAGAAAGAAGAUGAUCCUUUUCUUGAAGCUUAUAGAAAAUGUUUGGAGCGUAGUCCGAUUCGUGUCUCUUCGUUGGGAAGAAACGUUCGUGCUGAUCAAGAUUGUUAUGCGAAGGGCAAGAAAAAGUCUUUACUUUUAUGGUUAUGGAGUGAGUCUUCUUGCAAAGUUGGUACUGAUGGCUGGAGUACGGUGUUUCGUAAACAUAAAUCUAACAAGAGAAUAAAUUCCACCAAGUAA